AGUGGCAGGUUUGAGGCUUUGUUUGUACGGUUGCUACUAAGUGCAACAAAUCAAUCACCUCAAUAUGGGUGAUAGUCUGUGUAAUAUUGCUCGAUAUAUUACAUUACUAACGGAUGAAGACAGGUUCGUUCGAAAAAAAGCAUUGAAGUCUGUGGAAGACUACUUGAAUACUAACAGCGAUAAAGAAAGUACCAUUUUUAGUUCAGUAGCAGAAAAUCUGGCAAAGACUUUGAAUGAUCCUGUUGAGGUCAAUCGCGAACUUGCAGUGAAAGUCUUAAAGCUAUCCAUAGAUGUAACUAAUGAUGUGACACCUUUGCUUGCAUUAUUAGUGCCUGUGCUGGUUAUGCGUUUAGGACAGAAAGAAAUAAUAGAACAUUCCGAAGAGAUUCGCUACUCCACACUUAAUCUCUUAUAUAUUUUGCUGAAUAGAACUGAUGAGAUAUCUCCAUUUGUCGAUGAUUAUAUCUCAGUAAUUCAAAAGACACUUGUCGAUCCAUAUCAUGAAAUUAAAAAAUUGUCUUGUAAAAUUGCAGUGGUUUUAUCGCAGAGAAAAUGCCAUCGAUUUUAUCAAAUUUCGGAGUCUAUUUUACUGCCUAUGUUGUCAAAUCUUACACAUCAACAUUCGAAAGUUAGAUUAGAAACUGUGGUCGCUCUUGAAAAGGUUUUGCUGCACAGCCAGGGAAAGCUUGUUGAAAAUGUUAUCGCACCAUUAACCCAAAGACUUUUUGAUUCGUCAUCAGCAGUUAGACGAGCUGUUAUUGAACUUGUGGGCUCAUGGUUGUUGGAUUUACCUGAUCGAUAUUCAUAUCAAACAAAGUUAUUGCCUCUACUUCUUUCCGGUUUCAUUGACGAAUCAGAUGAAAUCCGUAUGGUUGCUACAAAAUUGUGGCAUCAUGUAGGACUUAAGUUUGAAAAAGAGAACGAAGAGCAGCUGAAAGAUAAACUGGAUUUCGAUCACGGUCCUCCAUUUCACUAUCCAUGUGGGUGCAAACGACCAAUACUGGGUUGUCGAGAGCUCGUCUACAGAUCGGCAUCCAAACUAUUUCCAGGUUUAUGUAAAGAUCUUUCAGACUGGCAAGAAGCAACACGUUUAAAAGCAGCCAGUUUAAUACCCAUAUUAAUAUUACAUCUUGAAGAAUCUGCUACUCAACAUACUCAACAUCUUUUAACGGGUAUUGCAAAUGGUCUAGCUGAUGCACUUAGUCGAAUAUCACCUGUUGGAAAUAUGUCUUUAAUAAAUAUGAUGCCUAUAGUUUCAUUUCGGAAGGAAACAUCUUCGUCAAGUACAACCACUGCUGACAGAGUAGAUGUAAUGAGUUUAGUCGUUACACAUGCCACAUCUCAGGUGUUUAGUUUAUCUGAAGCCAACGAGGCAAUUAAAAUUAUCAAUCAAUUAUUUAUUGCUGCUCAAGUUUUGGGUUGCAUGAUCCCCACUAAGUUUUGGUGGCAUUUACUGGAACCAUGUCUUGAUCGUUGUACAGAAUCUGCUGCACCAUCAUCAUUAGCUGGCCAUUUACUCCUUUUAUCUGGUUUACUUCAUGGUAGUCCAUUAAACCAAUUAAUAAUAACUGACGAAAUGAAAGAGUUAAAGCGUGACUCAUCAUUGAAUAAGUGUUCUACUAAUGUGACUAAUGCUUUCGCUAAUACUACCAGUACUGCUACUACUUCUGAUGAUAGUCAUUGUAUUCAUGGAAAUGAAACUAAUGAAAAUAAUGAUUAUCAAAUGAAAAGUGGUCAUGUCAAGGAGACCUAUACACCAAUCAAUUAUAGUACAUUACAUAAGAUUAUCUCUUAUCUUUGUCAAAAUGAAUUAAUCUCUGUCAUAUCGAUUAAUGCCAAAGCAGGUCUAUUAGAAUGUGUUCAAGUGUGUAUUAAACAUCUUGAAGAAGCGAUUGUUUUAUUAAAAAAGGAAACAGAACAACAGCAACAACAAGGGGAUACUUUAGAAACUUUACAACUGAAUGAUGAUAGUCAUAAAAAUAUUAUUCAAGCUACUUAUAACGCAGCAAAAUUAGUAAUUCAAGACAACCAGAUCCGUUCAUGUUUGUUUGAAAUAAUUCUUGGAUCGGGUGCAAUUUGGCCAGAAAAUGAUUUGAUUUCAUCAGAUUUCGGUCGUACAGUUCUUAGUUCAUGUGAUAAACUCAUGCAAUGGUUAGCAGCCUGUCACCGUGACUGUAUAAAUUUAUCCAAACAAUAUCAUCUCUCCACUGAGGAGGACUUUGAAGUGAAUUCAACAACAGUUAGUCAUAUGGAUCAGCUGUUUUUCAGCUGCAUGCCUAAGUUAAUUUGUAGAUUAAAUGAAGAUUUGAAAAAAUCUAUUUCAUGGAAUCCACGUUCAGUUGGAUUAGCGAUACUUUCACGUUGUUUACAAAUAGCUACUGGACCGGCACUAUUAUUCACAUUUAAUAAUCAUGAUAAUAAUAGUCAAACUAAAAAAGAAUGUUUAGCAUCUGUGCUGGAUCUUUUAGAACGUGGUUGUAGAUUAAAUCGUGCACCCUGUGGCGGUGGUGUUGACAAUAGUAGUAGUAAUAGUAGUCAGUUUGAUAAAUCACCCGGCGGUACAGAUCCAUUAACAUUAGCUAGUGAAGCUGAACUUCGUCUACGUGGUUUAAUGUUGCUUACAAAACUGACAGAUAAUAAUCAGAUCAGAGAAGUAUUAUCAUCCCCAAAAUAUUUGGACUAUUGUUUUUCUAAAUUAAUUUUACCCGUAUGUGUAUGGAGAGCUGGUCGUACAUCAGAAGCCAUGCGAAAAGCAGCUAUUACAAGUUAUUUAGCAUUAUUAGCUAGUGCUGUAUCAAUGUAUCAUUUAUCUGAAAUUGUUUUGAAUUUACGAACUAACAGUGAAAUCAACAUAGAUAAUUGGCUUUUAACUAACAACAUUGAAUCUAUGCAUGAGAUUAUGCAAGAGUUAACAAAUAGAGAGGAAGUCUGUGAUAUUAAUAAUACUAAUUCUAACAAUGAGAUACAAUCCUUUCCAAAAUAUAGUUAUCUACCAAGUUUAUCUGGCUCCUUGUUAUCUUUGAUGUUGGCACGUUUAGGCUCAUUAUUAGAUGAUGAUUUGGAAGGGACCAGACGUUUAGCUUGUCUUUGUUUGACCAUAUUCUUUAAUGGUCUUCUUAUACCUUCACCGCCAAUAUCGCCGGCAUCUUCAUCAUCGAUGGAGUUAUCUAACGGUAAUCAAAAUCAUUAUGAAGGAAAUCGAGUUAUAGAUUUUCUCAAUUCACCUACAUGGAUUCAACCGCUUACUACUACUAUUACUAAUACUGUUAGCAGUAGUAAUCAUGAAUUGGUCAAAGAACAUAGUGUAUUAUUGCCUUAUUGUCCACUGGCCAAUUCAUUUGGUGAUCAAGUCUAUCGUUUUUAUGGUAAUUUUAUUAAGCGUCUUAAUGAUUCGAAAGAUCAAGUAAGUUCUACUUUCCCAUUACUGACCUCUUUGACUAUUAUUAUUAUUAUUAUUAUUAUUAUUAUUAUUAUUAAUUAGUGUAUUGACAGUAAUAAGAUUUACCUCGUAGUUAAAUAUCAAUUUAGUCAGAUGAAUAGUUCCAUAUAUUAGAAGAAAAAAUAAUUAAUCGUGUAGUUACAUGAACGGCUCACUUAGACUUUGUUCUACUUAUCGCUAAUACAAUUUUCAGAUUCUGUUUUUACAAUUUCAUUAGUGUAAUAAUAUUGUAAAUCAAGUUUUACUAUAAUUCUACAGUUUAGUAACUUGCGGACAUAAUAUUUCACUGGAAUGUUCCCAAUUCAGGGUAAAAAUUGGAACGAAACAAAAAUAUAUAUGCCAAAACCCGAGUGGCAAAAGAUACAGUGGCAAAAUAUUUCUAUGAGUUACUAUGGGAUAAACAUGAAAAUCUGAUAACUUGAGUCCAUCUGUAGGCGCUAACCAGUUGCAUAAUGGACUAAUCGGCACUUCUCAUCUUGAUCUUAGGUAUACAGUACUCGAAAUUCUAUUCAUCGUAGACUAGUUUCGUUUGGGGUAUGACUAAAAUUCAUGGAGCACUAGACUGCUGUUACAUCCUAGUAUGUGACUCCUCAGCAGUGCUCACGCAACGUCGAACUGGGGAUCGAAACACGACCUUUACGUCUCGUGGUCCAGCGGUGCAAUUCCAAAUUUAACCAGUUUGUGAUUUAGUUCAACGAUCAUGCACUACCAUAGGUACCUUUUCUGAACAUCAUUCUCUCUAGAACUUCAUUAGUAUCUUGAAGUAAGUUACUAGUGAGCUAAAUGUUAUAGUUUAGUUUUUCGUUUAAACAGUUAUUGUCAAAUUAUGAUGAAAAAUUUUGUUAUUUCGUGAAUAAAUUUUCUCCUUGUAUCUUGGGUUUGGAGACUACUGCAUGUAUAUUAGGGCUUAAACAUCUGAAUACUUUCAUUUUUUGGACCAAGUAGCUGGUUGAACUCAGGAAUAAGAAGCUUGUUGUUUUGACAUUGGAACCGAUCAUCUCACAAAACAAUUUCAUAGAUAUAUAUACAGUUAUACCUUGUUGCUGUCAACAGUAAUUAUAUAUAUAUAUAUAUCAGUAUGGGGUUGUGGUGAUUGUUGAGUUUUCGAUUGAAAUCACGAAUCGAUCAUUGUUAGGCCAUCAUUAAAAAUCUGGAAACACUGAACGGCCGUUUCGUAUGUAUGUUGGAGAGUCUAACGAAAUGACUGAAUUAUGCUCAAAAUUCCAAUCUGUAAAUCGGUAGCAUUAUUUCAAAAUAGAUGUAAGAUAUUUACAAACUUCAAUUCUUUAUAUGUCUGUAGUGUUUGUACGCUUCAAUGUAUGCAAUCGAAAGGGUGAUUCUUCCUGGAAUAGGUGUAUAAAGAUUAUUUACAAACAUAUAAUCUACUUAUCAGCUACUAAGCUGUGUCAAAAUUUACAGUAGCUGUCAAUAAUCGGAACUGUGACUAAAAACACAAAACCUGGAAGCUGUUACAUCUGAAAAAUACUCAAAGAUUGUUUUACAUAUAAAUAAAUUAUCACUUUUCUAUAAUAAAUACGGAGAAUAUUGCAGAUUCAUUCAAACAAUUCAUAAUGAUGAUACACAGGAACCCAGAUACGUUGCACAUCAUAUCUUAAACUUGAUCGAAUUUGAUAUUACUUACUGAAUCUUAUUAAGUAGUACAAUUUAGCAAGCAAACUUUAUAGGGCACGAAAGCAAUAAGUUUCACAGCUAUCAAGCAGUACUAACAUAUGGUUUGUUCUGUCUUUUUUCUUUCUUUCCGGAUUUAUAACUAGAUACGAUUACUUAUCUGUGAAACAAUCAAUGCAUGGAUUCGUCUACUUAUUCCAAUGUUAACAUCAUCAACAACAACAACCAUUAAAACAUCUCAGCAAUUAAAUCCAGUUUAUACUGCUGUUAUAGAAGAUUUCCUAAAUAACCUCAUUAUUCAUUUAGAUGAUCCUAAUUCACGAAUACGUGCCAGUGUAUCACGUGUUCUCUUGAGAAUCAAUCAAUUCGCUCCAGAUCUGGUGAUUAAAGUUUUAAACAAAGCUAAAUUAUGUCAUCGUUCAUCUCAAUUAUGUGAUAAACUAUUAGAAUUUUGUCAUUCACAUUCUCAGUAAUGUUCAAAAGAAAAUAUUAUCGAUAAAAUGACCGAGAUAAAUGAGGAACGAGUGAUAAAAGGAUUGAAAUUGUGAAGUGGUAUUGGCUACAUUUUUGGAUAAUCUAUGCUCCCACAUAUCUAAUUAAGUUUUACACUGCUGUUGGCAAAAUUUUUUUCUAAUUAACUUUUGUUUUUAUUGGCUAGUCUUUGUGUUACAACAUUUUAAUACAAAAUGUAUAACUUAUGACGAUAGGUUACAUAUAUUUUUUAUUUAUUUAUGUAAAAUUACAAGUGAAUAAAAGAAACUACUACUGAU